GAAUGCCGUUGGGGCAACGCAACAUGGAGGUGGGAACGCGGCAAAUGCUGUCGGGGUGAACGCGGCCAACGCAGCUGGUGGUCCCAGUACAGCUGCAACAGCUACUAUUGUCUCAGCCACUACCGCGGCGGGCAGCAACACCCCGGUAGUUCCGGGGUUGGAAGAGCAGCGAAAUUUCCUGGAGUUCCUGCGCACAAGUGCGUGCCGUCGGCCUGCGCAAGACGAAAUCGCAGAGGAGAAUCUUUUACCUAACGAGGAGAAAGAACAUUCAUCAGCGCACCCGAAUUCAAAACUGCCUUCCACAGGUGGACGUCGAACCGCGAGCGCAAUUCCAAUCCUAGGAGGUCGAGGUGCGACUUCUAAUACAGGAGGAUCUACUGCUAGUACAAGUCGCCCGGAUUCUCAACAUCCUCUCUCCGACCAGAAAUUCCAACUUUCCAUCGGCACCGGGCAUCUCUUAUGCAGGAAAAAACCCAUCCUCAUCCAUUUUUUGCAUGACAAACACUGCAAUUUAUGCAUGUUUUGCAUGACAAAUUGGAGGGGGAUGGGUGUUUUUCCUGGAUAUCUCCGCGCGCUGGUGGUGAACACGUUAAUCGGCACCUACGGCAGAAUAAGCUCUGCAAAAGUAUCGUACUCGGAGUAAUUGCUGCUAUGCAUGACAAAUCUCCUUCGUAAGGUAAAACCGCAUUACAAAUUUCAUUUUGUAAUGCGAAGCGAAUUUGUGAUGCAAUUAGAAUUACUACUAGUACGAUAUAUUUGCGAUGCAUACAGAAAAUUCACAGACAAGCCCGCAGCUCUCUUUUCCGCUACCACCUCCUCGUCCUCCCACGCCGGAGCAGAUCUUGCACACGCACUCCCUAUCCCACCAGUUUUGGUUUCUCCCGAGAUGCUGUAUUACAAGGCCACGGAGACGUUCUGCUCGAAGAUCUACAAUUUGGAGCCGAGAGUGUCCCACGAAAUUUUAAAAAAGCACUUCCACGAUAAAUUUUAUCUGCGGCCUUCCUUCCUCGCGAUCGCGGGACUGGAUCGCGUUCUGAUUCAGAAAUAUGUCGCCGAUAUUUUCUUCCACAUCGAGCAAAGCCAAUUAGCGGUGAACUCCGUGGGGAAAGACACGGUGCCGCUGUGGCGCAAAUUCUUCCAGUUGCUCGAGUUUGCGGUGAAAGUGUCGGAAAAUGGAUCGCACUUGGACCAAGGGAUCAAACAAAUCGCCGAAUUUGACACAAAAUUCACCUGCUACGGUUUGACAAAUCGCUUCGCGGGUGCGUACGCGCCGAAUAUUGUGAGGAAAAAUCCCCCCUCCCCAUAUCGAAAGCGGAAUGUGUGUUGCUGUAUUUGAGUACGCAAAUCAUAUCUGUCUUGCUGGAGAGGACUGCAGACCCAUAUCAAGCCUGAGCAGAGAGGCUUUGACUUAGGCGCAUAGCAUGAAAAGCGUCCGUGGUGUUGGCUCAACAGCAUGAGAAACCGCCUCCAUAAUGGGACGGAAGCUGCUGUCCUUGUCUUCUUGCAACACAGACGUGAUUUGUGACCUCAAAUCAGCAGCACAAAUUUUCGAAAACCUACCUCUUCAAUAUGGGGAGGGGGGAUUUUUCCUUUUGAUACCGAAGCCGUUCUUGGAAGCACUAGCGGUGGAGAUGGUCGUGCGGGGAAAGGAUCUAUGGGUUGCAAAAGUGUCUGGGCCUGGAAGAGUGUAAACUUGUCAUGCAGCUUUUCCAUGGGCCAUGAAGUCUGGAAUACGGGACCUCGCAUGACAGACACUGCGAGGUCUCUGUCAUGCCCAUCCUGCGUGAGAAACCCCCUCCCCACUUGGUUGACAGUGGGCAGCUUUUGGCACUCAUGCAACACAGAUUUUUGCACGAUUCGGGUUUAGCAUGAUAAGUUCCAACCUUCCAGACCCAGACAUAUUUGCAACGCAUAGGAUCAUGCUGGUGUUGAUCAUCGAAGCAGCACAAAAAAAGCCACCGGGGGAGACCACCAGCACUCUGCAGAUGCUGGCACAGUCGAUGCAGGAGCUCAGCGGACCUCCACCAGAGUGGUGUCUAGCAAGUACCAAGAAGCUGAAUACUUGCUGAAGACGCUCUAUUUCGAGAAAUGUAAUCAGUUACGACUGGCGAAUUAUCAUGCGCUUGGCGGUGGCCGCGGCUUAACAGGGAUGACACUGGCAGGAGCUGCACGACGGAGUCCUGCAGGAGCAGGCGGUGUGAAUGCUAGAAACAGUAUAAACCGCACAGGAGCUUCCUCCUCCGGUCUGCUGUGGCGAAACAGCUUCUCCCUGUCUCCUACACCGACAUCAAAUAGGGUGUCGGUGAGCACCAGCAUAUCAAGAGCAACUGCAUUGCCGUCUUCUCCUAACAACGCUGCGUCAUCGACAUCGACAUCAACUUCGCCUAAAAUGUUGACCACCGCCACGUCCACCUCGCCGAAGUCCUCCACCAUCUUUCGUCGCUCCCCUCGCACCACCCGGUCAUGCCUGCUGCGACGGGCUUUUUCCCAAGACAACUUUUUCGCUGAUGAUUUGGUGUGCUGUGGGGGAGAAGUUGUAGAGAGACAGGACCUCCGCGGGAUAGCAGCAUCCUCUGGAGGAGCACGCGCCUGCGAUGGCCGUCGUGUAGAGAAGUAUGCAACGGAAGUGCAGCUCGGAGGUGUGGCACAAGCUACAGGUGGCAGUGGCGCUUCCUCGUCUUCCUCCGCAGCGGCCGUAGGUGGAGAGACGUUAACACCAAGGAUGAUUUCCGACCUCUUUUCGCCCCCAGCACGUUCAAAGACGUCAUCUUCCUCGUCCGCUGCAGGAGCUUGUCAGCAGCAAAGAUCGCAGCCGCCGUCUAGUAACCGAGCGAACUCGAAAACGGGUAGGAUUUUUCCUUCUUCGCCUAGCAUGAUCGGAGGCGGCCACCAAGGGCAGACGCAAAGCCAACCUCUCUAUCCUCUGCAACUCACCCUGCAGGCGAAAAUGCGGGAUCUGUUUCGUGAAUUGCAUCAGCGGAGCUACAUUCGGGCCACUGGUGAAGACGAGCUUGGGGAAAGUAUUAGCGACGAUCUUGCAACGCCUAGUGGUUACUUCCGAUAUCCGGGCGGGGUUCUGAUUUCGAAAGCUCUAGUGGAACAGCAGCUGCGGAUAGAUGCGAAAAAAAUGAAAUUAUUGUGGCUGCUGUGGCGGGAGGCUGGGCUGGGAACGCUAACGCUUUCUACUACUUCCAGUUGUGUGUCGUCCGCUCAAACAGCUAGGAAGAAAGCGGGGAGAACUUCUACUGCUUCAUCUGCAACAAGAGGUGGUACUUCAAAAACUGCAAACCGCGAAGAAGACCACGGAGCGCUUUUUCCAAACAUGAGGAAACAGAGCGAUCUCAUCACAGCGAAGGACAUGCUGCAGCUCUACAUGCGCUCUUACUUCGGAUUGAGGGUUGGUUCCAUAGCGUCGACUGCAUCUAGCGAUAAUUUUGAGCCGGAACAACAUGAAGUGGUGGAAGAACGACCCGGUUCAUCUUCUGCAGGAGACCACGACCAUCUCCGCACGAACUACCGCGGCGACCAUCUUCUGGGCUCGGAUGAUUCGGCGGAUGAUGAAAUCGCGGAAAAAAUCAAGGUCUUACUGCAGGAGGUAAUGGCUGAGGCUGCAGAAGAGGAGGAGGAACAUGAACAAGCCGAAAGCGAAACUUGUGAUGCAGCAGUACAACACGAUCUGAAGGUGACAACUCAAACAGCCGAUACUACGAUUCAGUUUCUCGAACACCUCCGCGAGGACUUCAGAGCGCAAAGAAUAUCCCCAGGAAAAAUCAAACCCAUGCCCAGAAGCACGCAAUUUGUCAUGCAAAACAUGAAGGAUUGCCUGUGUUUGUCAUGCAAAAAUGGGUUGGGGCCACGGAAGAUUUUUUCUCUGUGGAUAAGGGAUGCAGCUUCUCUACGGCACGAAAAAGGACGAGAUUGCGCAGGUGGUGGAGAAUUUGAUUUCGGACGCGAUGGCACAAGUUCUGAGCAGUCGAAAGAGCGCUGACGUUCUUGCGGCGAAAAGCAACGACCACGUAGAGCAGGAUAGCAGAGCUGGGCUGCAGGUGGAGCAGCCCGACGACUGUAGUGAGGAGCUUGCUCUACAGGGGAAACGAAAGAGCAGUGUUCUUCGUAGUUCCAAAAGCGAAAUAAACAAGCGGCCUGAUGAAAUCGGCGUAUCCACCAGUGAUGCAGAAGACCACGAAGUGGAUGACGAUAUCUACGAGGCGGAGGUGUACGACGACGUCGCGGAAAAAAACGAAGUCGGAGAUCAUGAUCCGUGUUGCACUGCACCAGCAGACGCCGGGGCUGAAGGACGGGAGGACAAGUUUUGUGGAGAAUUACAAUUAGAUGCACGACCGUCGGACAUUAGCGUCACAACCGCAGCGUCGCCAACAUCAUUUUCGUUUGUGCGAAAGUCCAGUUCGCUUGGAAGCAGCACAUGCUGCACGACACCAUCAACGACGAAAUCUUCGAAGGGUUUAACGUCACUCCAAACACCAAUGUCAGUGGAUGGUGAGGGGGAAGGCACUUUAUCAACUGCUGGCACCUCAUCGUAGGCCCCUGUGAUGCAUAUUGAAGCUUGGUAAAUGAACAUUUUUACGUUUCAAAUUUUGAGUUUUGAUAGUUUUGAAGAUGAUUUUCCCUUCCUCUUUUUUGGCAGUAUUGGCCUUAUCUUAAAUGAACACGAAGAUGAACAUUUUGUUCGCGAUAAGGACAACCACAUGCUGAAGAUGCAGUUUGAAUCAAGUAUGCUUUGUAAUGUUUCAUUUCUUUUCGCUGUCGUGUCCUCUCGAUGCCUGGCCCCAUGGGUCUCUAAGUUUUGCUUUUACUUCGACCGAAAAUUGAAAGUAAACUGCUGGAAACAUGUCUUCGAUUAAUGCAAAACUGAAUUUGGGAAUACAGAUACAGUUCUAGUUCAGGAUGAAACAGAAGCUUAGCUUUCAGAACUUACCAGAAGACUGCCGAAUCGAGGCAAGUAGUUUUGGCGCACUAAUCG